AAAACUUAACUGAAGAAUUAAUUAUCAAAGAACUCCAAAAACAAAUGGAUUUAUUAUGUGUUCAUACCUCAAUACCAAUUAAAAACUGGAUAAAUUCUGAAGAUGAACAAGAGAUACAUCAACAAUUUACCGAUGAUGAUUUUAUUCAAG